UUAUUAUUUUUUCUUGUGUGUAAAAGAGGCAAAACCUUUAACCUUGUAUAACCGACCAUGGUCGAUAUGAUAUACGCCAACCAGACGCAUUAAAGUCCACGUGAAUAUUAAUGCGACGUCGUUACACUCGAUUUCCCCAAUUCUUGUAAUAUUUGUAAAACGAAUAAUCAAACAAACAGCUCCAACCAAAGCUUACGAGGAAAAGCUUCUUGAUCUAACGAUCGGCACGUCCGAGUCCGAGUCGGGACUCGCUGAUCUGCCUCCCGGCUCUUACACAGUCCCCCAUCAUUCGACGGAGAUCCGAACGUUGCAUUUGAUCAAAACGCUUUUUCUAAGUUACGAUGCGAUAAUCUCUCCUGUAUCGAUCUGAUUCCAAGUGUAUUUUGUUAGGUGCUUUCAAUUUCCGGUGGGCUUGGUAAGAAGUCACAUUAUAAGCUUGUGAAGCCUUCAACCUACAGCUAUGAGUUUUGUAUUUCGGGGGACGAGAGGAGAUAUAGAAAGUGGAUUUCCAGGAUAUAUACCUGAGCGGCGUGCAAUGCGUGUUCACGCAGCACGUCCUGUUAAUUCUAACUCACUGGCUUUUCUUGUCACAGUUCUCUUGCUAUUCAUGAUACUAAACUCGCACCAGAUGUCGCCUAAUUUUCUGCUUUGGCUAGUCCUCGGUGUCUUCUUGAUGGCUACAACGCUAAGGAUGUAUGCAACUUGCCAACAACUUCAAGCUCAGGCCCAAGCUCAUGCUGUGGCAGCCAGUGGGCUUCUUGGCCAUACUGAGUUGCGUUUGCAUAUGCCACCAUCCAUAGCACUUGCAACAAGAGGCCGACUACAAGGCCUCCGACUUCAGCUUGCACUUCUUGACAGGGAAUUUGAUGAUCUAGAUUAUGAAACCCUGAGAGCACUGGAUGCCGACAACGCUCCUGCAGUUCCUUCUAUGACUGAGGAAGAGAUAAAUGCACUUCCUGUUCACAAGUACAAGGUUGCAGGUCCUCAAAACAGUAGCCUAUCGAUGCAACAGGCUUCAUCUUCAGGAUCUGCAGCAGAGAUGCAGAAGCAAGACAAUCCCAAUAAGGUUGUGAGCACUAAGGCCUCAGAAGAUGAAUUAACUUGCAGUGUUUGCUUGGAGCAAGUUAAUGUGGGAGAACUUAUCCGUAGCUUGCCAUGUUUGCAUCAGGUUCCUUGUCGUCUUGCUCUUAACUUUCCAUGCUAACUGCAUCGACCCUUGGCUGGGACAGCAGGGAACAUGCCCUGUUUGUAAAUUUAGGGCGGGAUCUGGGUGGCAGGAAAAUGGACAAGGUGGCUUGGAUGCUUCUUACAUGGUUUGAUUACAUGGAUGCCUAAAGCUUUUGGAUAUAUUCACAUAUAUGAAUAUGGCCAUAGAUUGGGCAAAAUAGGGGGUUCCUUCUUGUAACUUACGGCCAGCAUUGGUGUAAUUAUCUCUGACAUAUAGGUACUAUAGAAUACCAUGUCGUCGGUCAUAUAACAGAUUGUAAUUGUACUCUUGGAAGAUCUCAUUGGAAUUAGAUAUGUUUUGAAAUUAUCUGA